GCCACAACACGACGCCACCAGAGCCAUGGCCUCAUUACGUCUCCUGAGGCGCGGCUUCUGCACGGCGCCCGCAGGCUUCGCUCAGCCGAGCCGCGUGUGGGGGAAGAGCAGCCUGCGGUGUGGUGCGUUGGGCAUGAAGUGUGGGAUGACGCAGGCGUGGCAGCCCGACGGCAAGGUGGUGCCGCUCACCAUCAUCGAGGUGCAGGACGUGCAGGUGGUGCAGGCAAAGCGCGUGCCGACCUCAGAGGGAGAGGGGCUCAACCUGCAGCUGGGCAGCGGCUGGCAGAAGCGGAAGCGGCUCAACCGGCCCGACGCCGGCCAGUUCGAGUCGCGCGGCCUGCCCCUCAAGCGCUACUUGCGCGAGUUCCGCGUCUCUGAGGAUGCGCAGCUGCCAGUCGGCACGACCAUCUGCGCGCGCCACUUUGUGCCCGGCCAGUUCGUGGACGUGCAGGGGACGAGCAAGGGGAAGGGGUUCGAAGGCGUGAUGCGCCGGUACGGCUUUGCAGGGCAGCCGCGCUCGCACGGCCACUCCCUCUCUCACCGCAGCGGAGGCUCGCUCGGCGGCGCCGCGGGCUCGCUGUACGCCACGCGCGUCAUGCCCGGCAAAAAGAUGCCCGGCCGGAUGGGGGGCAAGGUGCGGACGGCGCACUCGCUGCUGGUCUACCGCGUGGACGCGGAGCACGGGCUGGUCUACCUGAAGGGCACGAUCCCAGGCGGCAAGGGGUCGCUUGUCCGGCUCAAGGACGCGACGCGCAAGCGGAUGGACACCUCCGGCAGAGGGCACCACCGCCUCCCUCCCUUCCCCACCUGGCUGCCGGGCGACGACGAGACAGGUGGCGAUGUGACCGAGGCGCCGCUCGCGCGUCCUUUGUGAUACAACACUGCGUCUCGGAGCAUGCAGGAAGGAGACGAGAGAUGCCGUAUCCUGGCCUCGUCGUGUGGAAUCCUCGUGUGGAAUCCCACUCUCUCUUGACGCGUUGCGGCCGCAAGCCGCACCACGCGCGCGGGUGGCAAGCUGGUGGCGAGCUCGAGCGAGCCGGCGGCGCAAUUGUGUCGUACAUGUACAGUGCGCGGCUGCAAAACAGUAGGAAACUAGGGUCUUGCCUCUUGCUCUCGUUUGUUCUCGCGGGUCCUCGCUCUCUAUAAUAUAUGUAGCUCUUGUGA